GCUUCUCUGGAUCUGGGAAUGUUUUUUAGGACUUCCAGAAACAGCAGUUGAUAGCGAGGAAGACGAUGAAUCGUGCCCUUCCUAUGACAGUUUCCAUGAGUUGAAGGACAGUGUGCGUGAGUGCCUUGAAAAAGAACCAUCUGAAAGAACAGCUGACGACAUUUGCACGCUGCUGCAUAAUGAAAGAAUUGAUGCCUGGUCAGUGAUUGUUAAUGGCCAAGUUGAAGUUGUGCUACCCGAUGGGGAACGAAUUGAAUACAAACUGGGCGAUUCGUUUGGCGUAAAACCUGUCAUGGUACCACAGGUACGUACACUUCUCCCGUUGUAG